AUGCAUGAUAUUAAUUUCAACGUAUUGAAAGAUAGGGCAAUGGACGUUGACCCAGAUAUUAGGUUCAUGGCAUUAGAGGAUUUGAGAAAGUUUUUGCAGGAUGAAUCAGCAGCCUUGACGAGAACUACCCUUAAUCAUUCGUUAGAAAACUUCUUCCCCAUAUUACUCAGCAUGUUAAAUGACCAAAACCCAGACGUCCAGAGCCAAGCAAUAAAAUCAUUUGAGCCAAUGGUCAGAUACUUGUCAAAUGAGACUUUUUUAAAAUUGGUCAAGAAAUUAUUUGCCUUGGUUCAAAAAAGCAAUUCUUCAACAGGCAAUGUUACAGGGUUGAAGAGUUUUACAGUUUCGGUUCCUAAUAUUGCUCUUCGUUCCUUAUUUGCUCAAUCAAACUCAAGAGACAAGUCUGAGUUUGUGUCCGACAAAUUGUCAAAUUCAAACUAUCGAUUUGACUCUCGUUUGGCAAGAUCUAUUAUGGAUUAUCUUAUCCCUCAGAUAGUUGACAAUCCUGUAACCAUUGAUUCAAUUGAGUUGCUAAUUGAUUUAGUAACAGAAAUUGGAUAUGUUUUGACGCAAGAUGAGUUGUUAAACUUGUCACUUUAUUUAACUAAAGUAGCCAUGUCUGAAACUGGACUUAUUGGCAAAAAAUCUAUGGUGGCAUUGGAAAGAGUCGUUGCCUUAGUGCGUACUGAUGUUGUGGUUAACAAAUUAUUGGCCCACAUUAAUGAACUGGUUCAGCCAACCAAACUAUUUGUUACUUUCCAAUUGUAUUCUGUUUGUUUGAAGCGUGGAAUAAAACCAAACUCUAUUGAUUCCAUUUACAAUACCAUAACAUCAAAUUUAAAAAUUGAAGCAACCAAAGACGACGAAGAUGAUUUGGAUUUUGAUAAUUUAGUCAAAGAGAACUCAUUAAAAGAUGAAGCACUUACCACUCUUAUUGAUUUGGUUUCACAGAAUUUCUUGCCAGUUGAAUUCAAAAAUACUGUAAUUGCGUUAACAAAGAGCUAUGUAAACUAUAAUCCAUUAGCACAAGAUGAAGACUUUGUCGAUGAUGACGAAGAAGAUAUUUCUUUUAGUGACGAUGAACAGGAAGAAGAAGAUGACGAUGAGAACGAUGGAUCCUGGAAAUUGAGGGCUAAAGCAACAAUUUUGGCUAGAUCACUUCUUAAGAGUUUCCCAGAUACACUUGAGCUUCUUUCGAGGGGAGUGUUGCCUGUACUUUCAUUUGCUGAUUCCAACGAUCAAGUGGUUUCUGAGGCCAUCAAAAGUAGUAUUGCUAUAGUGAAUUCGACUUCUCCAAGGGAUUCAAGUAAUGUAAGCGUGCUUAUCCCAAUAAUAGCUGAGCGUAUGAAGCUUGCUAAUGAGACACAAGUUCCGCUCUUCCUCAAGCUCGUUGAAAGCUUGAACCGCUUUGAUAAUACUGCCUUGGUGGUUGAACUAUUUGAAAUUUUGAAAAACAGAAAAUUGAUUACGUCAGGAUCAUUUGACUAUUUGCAAUUCUAUUGCAGUACUUUGAAAUUCCAUGAUAACUUGCCACCACAAGUGAUUGAACGGAUGUCAUCAGAUUUUAUCAAAAACCUUGAUGAUAAAUCGUUUAAUAUGAUCACAGAUAGUAUUAAAUGUUUGAGUUUAUUAUUUCACCAAGACAGUUUCAAGGAAUUGGACACCAUUGUGGACUUAUUGAUACACAAAGUUGAAGACAGUAAAAAGUAUCCUAGUGACUUGGUACGUCAAUCCAUUAUUGCUUUGGGUGAGGCAUACGGUAGAGCAGAUAACAAAAAGAUUUUAAACGUAUUCAAACAUUCAAUUGAGUAUGAAGGAACAAGCAAGACGACAAUAGAUGUUUUAACUCAGAUCUAUUCUACUGAUAUCCCAUCAGACUACUCAUAUUUGAUUCUUAAAAAAUUGAGUACAUCAAUUAUGUCUAGUAAUGAGGCCACCUCCGUGGCAUCUUUGUUGCUCAUGAACAAAAUUUUUGAAAGAUUGCCUUCAGGAGAUUUUGAUGACACUGCAGGAAAUCUUGUUUUGUUACUAGGUGUGACAAACAAAGCCAACUAUGAAUGUAUUUUUCAUAUUUUGAUAAAAUUGGUUGAUACUGUUUUGCAAGAAAAAUAUCGGACACCUUUAAUAAAAACGAUUGUCAAAUUAGUUAAUGAAGGGAAAAUUGAAGUCACCGACAAUUCAUUCUUUCAAUUUAUAACAACAGCUUGUAAACAAAUUCCUGACUUUUACGAUUUUUUUGAGCAGAAUCUCAACUUGAAUUCUGAACUUAGUGCUAAGAUUUUAGCAAUUUGUGCAACACAAAACAAACUUGAAAACAAGAUUAUGGCAAGAAGAGAAGAAUUUCAAAACUAUUACAAUACCAACAUCAAUGAUGAUCGACUUGCAUUUGAUAUUUUAUUCCUUGGUUAUGUGGGAACACACAUUGAGGUAAAAGAAUUAGAUGUUCAAACUUUGAUUGGGGUUUUGAACAAUUCCCAGCUUACUAAUGACGACAAUAUUCUGGCAGCGUCUACAGCCUUGGGAUUAAUUGCUCAGAAGCAUAUUGACUCAGCUGUCCCCAUUGUAUUGAAUGCCUAUGAAACCAGCGACAAGACAAUUAUCAGAGGGUCUUUAGUUGAUUCGUUAAGUAUUGCUGCUGAUGCCUGUACUGAGGACCAAAAAAGAGUUAUCUGGAACAAAGUAUUCAAUUUCCCGGUUGAGUUUGGUCAUGAAGUAAUUACAGAACUCAAAAAAUCAGGGGAAUUAUUGGGUAAGAUUGCUGUUGUCGAUGAGCUCACAAUCAAAACCGACAAUUUAAAGACAACUUAUCUUAUUCUUGUCAUCACAAAAUCUUUACUCAAUAAUCUUGAAGCAACAAAAGUUAACAAUACCUUAUUGGAUUCGUUGAUCAAAUCGUCAAUUGACUGGCUUAGCAUUGUGAAUAUUGAUAUCAGACAAAUUGUUGUUGGCAAUCUACUCACAGGUUUGCACAGUAAACCUGACACCGUUUUACCAAUAUUAGAUCUGAUUAUUCUUCCCAAAAUAUUUGAACAAUUACAAGCCGAAGAUUCAUUUAAAAAAAUCAUUACCAUGGGUCCAUACAAAUACGUUUUGGAUGAGGGGUUGGAAAUUAGAAAGCUUUGCUAUGAGUUUAUUUAUUCAGUAAUUUCGUUGGAAAACUCGGUGGUUGCAAAAUACAACAUUAAUCUUGAAAACAUUGCUAGUAAAAUUAUCGAGUUUGGUUUAGUCGACAAUCAGACAGAUGUCACCGUGUUGGCUUGUAUUAACUUGACUAAUUAUGUCGAGUUACAUAAAGAUAGUGCGGUCGAAUUGAUUACACGGGAUGGAGGCAAUAUGUUUACAACAAUGAUUAACAAUUUGAAGAAGCAAUUAAGUAAAAAAUUGUCAGCAAAGGCAUCUACACAAGAUUCAGAAUCUCACCAGGAAAGAAUCAAGUCUAUUAUCAAAUUAUCGAAAAAAUUUGCCAGUGUUGUGGAAGCUGCUGAAAGUAACGACCUUGCUGCUGCUAUUAGAAUUUGGAACGAAUACAACAAUGAUUUGAAAACAAAUUUUACAAUUUACUACAAAAGUACUGAUGGUGUAUAG